UUUUCUUUUUUUAUUGCGCAGGGAAAGUGGUUUUAUUUAUUUUUGGGAAAGAGGGGACUUGCGCCGCGGCUGCCAGUCUGUGCUUGACAAUUAAAAAAAAAAAAAAGUUUAACGUACCGAGGAGAUUAUUUGAGGAGACUCCAUACCCGAUCACCACUCCCCGGGAAUUGUAAAGCUCGCGCCGGACGCCCACUGGAGGAGGAUAUAUAACUUUUAUAAGACAUUGUGUGGAGAGACUGGGAGACUCGGGCUGGUGGAGCGGGAGAGCGGAGGAAUCAUCGCUGCAGCCGGGGAGGAGUGCACGCAGCGCCGGGUAGCAGGCUGACCCAAAGGACGGCACCUCGGAGAGAAGGUUAUGACGGAGCUGAGCUGAACAUGGAGCUUUUCUGGAUUUUGUUAUUUUCUAGUGUCUCUCCUCUCGCCCGGGGCCAAGGUGUUUACGCUCCAGCUAAUGCCCAGAUCGUGCACUCAGGCGCAGCAUGUAACGUCAAGGAUGAUAACAUCAGCGAGAGAAUCUACACCAUCAAAGAAAACGACACACUCGUGCUCCAGUGUCUCGUCAAGGGACACCCACGGCCUGAGAUACGGUGGACGAAGACGGCAGGCAGCGCAUCAGAAAAGUUCCAAGAGAGACCCAUCUACAACGAGACGCUACGCAUCAAGAGCAUCCAGAGGGGGCAGGGGGGUCGCUACUACUGCAAGGCCGACAACGGGGUGGGGGUGGCUGCCAUCAAGUCCAUCCGCGUAGAUGUGCAAUGUGGGAAUGGCUUCCAGGAGUAUCUGAUGACUUACGGUGGAGAUGAUGAAAAGCAUAGUUGA